UUUGAUAAGUUUGUCAAAGAUUUGCUAGGUAAAUGAUCGCUUUGCAAAUUCAUAUUAUCAUAACUAGUCAAGCUUUCAAAAUGUUAAGACGUGAGUUUUUGUUCGACAAUAGUGAAGACGCGGUUAAAGCUAGAAAUUAUAGAGACCGAAUUAAUUUUUCGGGACUACAAAAUUUCAAUUUUAAAGAGUGCUUCCGUUUAAAUCGAAUCCAGGUGGAUUUUCUUUUAAAUAAUGUUGGACAAAAAUUAGAGCACAAUACACAGCGCAGUCAUGCUUUGUCGGCUGAAAAUCAACUGCUACUGUGCCUGCAUUGGCUCGGAAAUGGUUGCCAGUACCAUGGAGUUGCAGCCUUGCAUGGUGUUGCAAAAUCCACAGUUUGCAGAACCAUCCAUAGAGUUGUCGACAUUAUAAUAGACGUUUUAUUUCAAAAAACAGUGCGAUGGCCCGAUGAUGUCAGUGGUAUUGCUGAAAAGUUUUUUCUGAUGGGUGGAUUCCCUUCUGUGUGUGGUUGCGUUGAUGGCACAAUCAUUAAAAUUGAUGCGCCUCCAUUACACGAGGAAGGAUAUGUUGACCGGCAUGGAAACCACUCAUUGAAUGUGAUGAUGAUAUGUGGGCCAGACUACACAUUUUACAGUGUAAAUGCAAGUUGGCCGGGCAGCGUUCAUGACUCAAGGGUCCUCCGGAAUUCGGCUGUAAGUCAAAAAUUUGACAAUGGAUGGAGACCAUUUCCGGAUGCUGUUGUUUUGGGUGAUAGUGGUUAUGGAUUGAAAAACUGGUUGAUCCCACCAUUACGCCGAAAUCCCAGUAAUCCUGCUGAAGAAGUUUUCAAUCGUUGCCACAAAAAAACACGCCGCAUAAUUGAAAAUAGUUUUGGCAUUCUUAAAGAAAGAUUCCCGUGUCUAAAUUAUUUGCGACUGAGGCCUGAGUUUGCAGGAAAGACAGUCAUAGUUUGUGCCAUCUUACACAAUAUUGCCUGUAGCAUCGGAAGAAGUAGUGAAAAUAUGCAGCCCACUGAAGACACUGACAAUGAAAGCGAGGAAUUGGAUGAAAAUGCUGAAGAAGAAAAUGAUGCCCUUAAUAAUAUAGAUCAAGAGAGUGGAAUGGAAAGGGUUACUUCCCUGCUACAAUACUUUACCUAAUGCCAACUAUUAUAGUAUUGUUUUAAAAUAAAAGUGGUGUUUUGGUCAUGACUUUUUUUCCACUGCAAAAGCGUUGUAUCUUAUUGGGUUUAAGAUUAAGGUCUCAGAGAAUAAAUAAUAAAGGAAGUAUUUUUGUAUUUAUACAUAAUUUUAUUAAUUUCAGAGUUUUUUUGUUUUUAUCACAAAUUAUUUCAAAAUAAAAUGUUUAGAAAUUAAAUAUACACAAAUGAAAAAUUGGCCUUUGGUAAUCAAACCUCCUCAAAUAACACACGCGAUAUAUUUUCUGUUUCUGCCGUUGCAAUUCCCAGUGUGAUAGCAGAGGGUGGAAGUAGGAGCUCCCUCUCCAGUUUUAGGCAUUGAAGUUUCCGGUAAUAAACCUCAACCUCAAGGAGCUCCAGCCGGCAUUUUUUCUCUCUAUCCAAAGUUUCACUUGGAAACUUGGUAGAGCGCUUCCUCUUUCUU